GUUUCUUUCAUUGGCCUGUUUCCUCCCUUCCAUCUUUCCCUCCCUUCAUCCCUCUCCUUCCCCAUUCUUCUUGAUAACUGAUCAUAUAUAGUUCUCUUCUGCCCUCCCCCGGAGCUUUACCUUUUUCUUCAUUAUUGGAAAAACUAUUGCCUCACCCCUCCCUUCCAUUGAUUGGUUUCCCCCCCCCCGCCCAUCCUAAUCCCUCAUUGCUCCACCUUCCAUUUUCUUAGCGUUCCACCCUUUCCCUCUUUUGAUUGGUCCCCUCCUCUCCAUGAGUUUCGCCUCUCCCCUUUAUCGGCCUGCCUGGGCUCCUGGUUAGAUCCCGCCCUUUAGGUCCCCUAGACUUUCGGUUGUGUAAGACUACGUCGUCAUAGUAACUGCUGCCUCUUAGAGUUCUCGCCAUGGCGGGGAGAGAUGGCUGGAGUUCUAAUGGCGCUGGUGCUCAAGUCGCUCAACUCCAGCGCUCAGCGCCUUCAGUAACUAUCCUGCAGUCUCUCCCACGGGUCUGGGAACCUCCUCAUCAGCCAGGACACAUAAAGGAAGACUUACUGUCACUGAUGAUGCUACAGAACAUUCAAAUGCACCAGCUGCUCAUGAAUCGCCUGACAAUGAGUGCCCUUGAUUCCAAGCUCCUGACUUCCCAGGUCAACAUGUUGAACCUGCAGGAUGAAAAAGGAGAGGAAGAAGAGGAGAUACUAGUGUUUCACCACCAUUACCUGCCUUGGAGAAGAGUGCCCCCACCCCCACCUCCCAGUGCCACAGGGACAGUGGGUGCUGAUGUACCACCUGCCUCAGGUAGGGCUCUACCCCAACUCAUUUUUCAACCCUAUCGAUGUGGCAAGAUUGAAAAGAAUCAGGACUGGGACCAAGGCCUGACUUUAAGCUUUAGGGGAUGUAUUUGUAGUCCAUCAGACACACACUUCCUGCCCUCAAUGUGGUGUCUAUUGCUUUGGUAAGAUGGACUGCAAGCUGAAAGGUAAUUUUAUUCCAUUCUAUUCAUAUGUUCCCCUCGUCACUCUUACUAGAUGGUUGUCCAUGCAGAUCUUCUUCUCUACCCAUGAUCCAGCUGUAAAUUUUUCUGACCCUUUUCUUUUUCCCUUACCAAGAUGGUUACUUUCUCCUUAGACUACUAUGACGUGGCAGAGGGACAAUUGUGACACUACCCUCGGUGGACUGGCUUCUCUGGCUACUUGGUAGGAGAGUCACAUGUUCUACAACCUAUCAUCUUGGGCAGCUACAGAUGAGGCAGUUUGUGGGACCAAGAGCCUUAUCCUCCUCUGCUUUUUCUCUGAUGCCAUGCCUCCUGUUUGUUUUUGUAAUGUUCUCUGCAAGCCUUAAACUUCCCAAUUUCAAAGUCUCAUCCAAAGUACUUAAUGCUUUUCCAUAUGGAACCUCCCUACUGGAGGAGGGUCAGUGCUAAGAUUCAAUGUUUUAGGGAGUUAAGGUGGAAAUAAAGACCCUGGGAACAGAUAUCUGUGUCCCCUCUUCUCCCCCCUAUAUUUCUCUCUCUAUCAUAUUACAGCUCCCAUCUUCUCUCCACUUCUCCAACCUUAUAUAUCUCCUGUGCAGUGUUAACUUCCAUUUCUCAUCCCAGAUAGACUGGUUAGUUUGACCACUGCCCUUCCCUAUGCAGUUCUCCUUUUCCACUCUAGGAGUUAGAGGUGGGAAGGAUUGUUGAGAUUAUCUAGUCUAAUCCUUGCAUUUUUCAGAAGAAACUAAGGUUCAGAAGGGAGAUCUGGCUUGUCCAAGGCUACACAGGAAAUAAAUAGAUCACCUGAA